AUGCUUCCACUUAAAGAAGUAAUUGUAUUAUUGAGUAUAAUAUAUGGCAUUACGUCAGUUAGUUUGAAAAAUGAAGAAGCUCGGAAUAACACACAAAGGAAUUUGAGAAGGUUUCCACCAAAUUUCCUGUUUGGGGUUGCAACCUCCUCAUAUCAAAUCGAAGGAGCGUGGAAUGAAGGCGGUAAAGGAUGGUCCAUGUGGGACCACCUCAUGAGAACUGAUCCAGACCAUAUGGCGGACGGAAAAACGGGUGACAUUGCAGCCAACUCUUACCACUUAUAUAAACGGGACAUAGAAAUGAUGAAAGAACUCGGUGUGAAAAUCUAUAGAUUCUCCAUUUCUUGGCCCCGAAUUUUACCCUUCGGCCGACCUGAUUACGUCAACCCAGAAGGAGUGGCAUAUUACAACAAUUUAAUCAACGAGCUCCUUGCCAACGAUAUCACCCCAUUCGUGACCAUUUACCAUUGGGAACUACCACAAAAUUUGAAUGAACAGGGCGGUUGGUUGACAGAAAAUAUCGUAGAUUGGCUAGGAGAUUAUGCUCGAGUGCUGUUCCAGAAUUUCGGAGACAGAGUGAAACAUUGGUUAACGAUAAAUGAACCUUAUAUUCAUUGCAAUAACGGCUACGGUCGCGGUAACCAUCCUCCGAGGAUACAAUCGCCGGGCAUCGCGUUUUAUGAAUGCGGCCGUAACAUUUUGCUGGCUCAUGCAAGGGCGUAUCAUAUUUAUAAAGAAGAGUUUGCAUUCCAAGGUGGCCAAAUUGCUAUUGUCAUCAGUUCGGAUAUGGGGAUGCCAAGUGAUGAUUCUGAAUCUAGCGCCGAAGCCGUAGAAGAUUACAGGGCUUUCUAUGUAGGACAAUACAUGGAUCCAAUUUUCUCCGCAAACGGCAACUACCCUCAAAGACUUAUUGACAGAGUGGCAAAUGCAAGUGCGAGUCAAGGCCUCUCGCAAUCUCGUCUCCGUCCAUUUACCCAAGAACAAAUCGACUAUAUCAGGGGCACUUCUGAUUUUCUAGCAUUGAAUCACUAUACAAGUAAAUACGUGUAUAGGAACAGCUCUAUAAUUGGGACUUUCCAAGUUCCUUCGCAUCAGGAUGACGCCUUCGUUGGCACUUAUGUGGACCCAUCUUGGACACAAGGAGGCACUUGGCUUUUCACAUACGCACCUGGCCUAUACAAGCUACUGGUACACCUCAAGGAGAGAUACAACAACCCGACAAUUUAUGUAACUGAGAAUGGCUUUGGGGAUUGGGCUACGGGUCUGAUUGAUGAGAAUAGAGUAGCUUAUCUGAGGGGUUACACCAACGCUGUGCUAGAUGCUAUAGACGCUGGUGUGGACAUCAGAGGCUAUUGUUCUUGGAGUCUUAUGGACAACUUCGAAUGGGCAGCGGGAUUCACAUUGCGUUUCGGACUCUACGAAGUUGACUUCGAGGAUCCAAACCGAACCAGGCGACCCCGUAAAGCAGCACUAGUGUACAAAGAAAUAAUCAGAUCUAGGGUUAUAGACCCAAAUUACAAUCCGGACCCUUACCUAGAGGAUUCGAACAGUAGUGCAAUUGUAGUGAAAACAUCCGCUUUGUUUAUUUUAGUAUCUGCUAUUAUUCAUAAGCUUCUUUAA